ACAAAUUUAGCACUAGAUUCGAUUCAGCGUUCAAGCCGUGCGGACUUCUCCUAAACACAUUAUAAUUGAAAUUUUACAAAAACUAUUAAAAAUGGCAAAGGAUAACCUUACGGCUGUUUUAUACGGCAUAGAGGACAUGCGAUUGGAACAACGUCCAAUACCGAAUAUUUCCCCUGAAGAGGUUUUGAUCGCAAUGGAUAGCGUCGGAAUUUGUGGAUCAGAUGUGCAUUAUUUGACUAAAGGUCGCAUCGGUCACUUUGUGGUAACCAAGCCCAUGGUAAUUGGCCACGAAAGUGCAGGUGUGGUCGCCAAAGUGGGUAGCAAGGUAAAGCAUCUGGCUGUAGGAGAUCGAGUUGCCAUUGAACCAGGCGUGCCUUGCUACAAGUGCGAUCACUGCAAGCAGGGCAGCUACAAUCUGUGUCUCGAUAUGGUAUUCUGCGCUACGCCGCCUUACGAUGGCAACCUGACCCGCUUCUAUAAGCACGCAGCGGACUUUUGCUUCAAGCUACCCGAUCAUGUCACCAUGGAGGAGGGUGCUUUACUGGAACCUCUAUCCGUGGGCGUACAUGCCUGCAAACGUGCAGGAGUCAGCUUGGGAUCUAGGGUGCUUAUUCUAGGUGCAGGUCCUAUUGGAUUGGUUACGCUACUAGUUGCUCAAUCUAUGGGCGCUACGGAGAUUUUAAUAACUGACCUGGUGCAACAGCGUCUGGACAUUGCUAAGGAACUGGGUGCCACCCAUACACUGUUGCUGAAGCGUGAUGAGACGGCUGAGCAGGUCGCGGCCCGCGUGCAUCAGACCAUGAGUGGGGACCCCGAUAUGUCGAUUGACUGCUGUGGAGCGGAGAGCACCACACGACUGGCGAUCUUCGCCACACGAUCGGGAGGUGUUGUUGUCAUCGUAGGCAUGGGUCCGCCCGAAAUGAAGCUGCCUCUGUUCAACGCCUUAGCUCGAGAGGUAGACAUUCGCGGUGUCUUCCGUUACUGCAAUGACUAUUCGGCCGCCUUGGCCCUGGUGGCCUCUGGUAGAGUGAAUGUCAAGCGCCUUAUCACCCACCAUUUCGAUAUAACUGAGACACAGAAAGCAUUCGAAACUGCUCGGGAUGGCUUAGGUGGUGCCAUCAAAGUUAUGAUACAUGUACAAAAGAGGAAUACCAACAAUCCUGUAAAAUGUUAGUUUGUAGAUUGUAGUAAGCCAUGAGCUUAAAUUCCGAAAGCAUGUCAUAUGUGGCGUUAACAGAAACAAUAAAUUUAUUUGCUUGGUACAAAAUUAUUCGUUUGUUUUUUUUUUUCCAAAUUGCUUGUAUUUAUAUGAGCCAAGUUUCGGUCGUCUAAAUUUGGACUCAAGCAACAAAAAACGGAUAAAAUGUCCAAUAUGCUAUAUUGGCGGUUGGCUCAACCUCUUUACACCUACUUAUCCGUUAGGUUUGUUUGCUACCGUCCAUUGGCUCCAAUGAUCCGAUACUUGCAUAAAGAUAAAACUGGUCCUGAUAGCGAAUUCAAAAAACGACUGCGACAACGAUUGCAUAAGGCGAUUGAAGCAAAAGUCGAUAAUCUUAAGGAAAAGCAGAGGGCAUCAACAUCCGGAACCCCAGCAGACUCUGCUAGCGCAUCUAAAAAAGAUGUUAAAAAAGUUAACCCACCACCUAGUAUUAAAGUGAUCGAUAACAGUAAAAAUCUCUAUGGCAUUGAGUACCCAUCCCAAAUGUAUAAAGACUCUCAACCCCCACCUGAAACCAGUCCUGCGACUUUAAAAAAAUCUAAUGAAAAGGAUGUCGGGUUGAACACGGACAAACCGACAUUCGAAAGCCGUGCGAAAGCCUUUGUUGAAUCUUCUAUAAUUAAGGAACAAGAAUCUAAAGGAACACCUGAUAAAAGCCGAAACGAUGAAAACAAAAAAAAUAGCCAAAAGAAUAAUCCUAACAAUUCUGCGAGCACUUCAACAUCAGUUGACUGGACAAAGAUCUCCCCAAAUCAAGAUCCAUUAAAGGAAAAAAUUAUCAAGCAAAACAAAACUGAUUUAAAAAAAUUAACCGCGGCUACGAAAAGAUUGGAGUCUCAAAAGGAAUUUAAGAGGAAAGACAACAAAACUCUCAUUGAGUCGAAACCCCAAACUCCACGGGAUGGAUUGUUCAAACACAAUGCUGAUCCAUAUAAGACCAAGUUGCAUGAGAAGAGCUAUGAAAAGCCACCAACUGCCCAAAGUAUGAAGUCUGGGUAUGGGCCCAUCUCGAAAAGCAAACCUAUUGUAAAUAGAAUAGAACAAUUAUCUCAAGCAGAAGCGGAAGCGGAAGCAAAAGCAGCGAUAGCGAAUAUGAAAAUGAAAACAGAAGCGAAAGCGGGAAUGAAAGCUGAACAGGUAGCAAAAGCAAAGUCCGAAGUCAAAGCAGAAGUGAAAGCAGAAUCGAAAGCACAAGCGGCAGCGAAAGUGCAAGCAAAAGCGGAUCCAGCUAAAGGGGAAACUAUCUCCCAAGCAAACGUGAGCACUUCAAAUGAAACAAAAAGCGGGAAAAGGCAAACUAAUAACAGUGCAGGAGUAGCUCAGGAUCCGAAAAAUGCUUCUAGUAAUAUCAAAAUCACUGAUCGGAGGAAUACCGCAGUUGAAUCGGGGUCUGUAGAAACAGGGUCACAGAACAAAAAAGUGAAUACCAAAGGUACAUCUGAAUCUGAAUCUGAACAAUCUGAUAUUAUUUGUGACGCCGAAGGCAAUAAAAUGUUUGUCGGAGGUUCCGUAAAUAAGUUGUCCAGAGGUGGGAAUGAGUCUUCAAAGAACAAGCAGAAGCGGCUCAGUUUUAAGACACUGCAGUUUAAGACCAAAAAUUAUCUUGUGGAAAAUAGAUAUUCUAAGAAGAAAGCUAUAUCUCCUAAAGUUGAAAAAAGCCUUUUCACAAGUAAGCCGACUCAAAGCCAUAUGGGGAUGAAAUUAAAAACAUCAAUCAAAUACGAAAUGGACGCAAAAAGGAACACUAAGAGCUUGAAUAAAGAUAAGGACGAUUUAUCCAAAUGGAAGGACUUUCAGAGCGGACUAAGCAACCUGGAUGUAUCAACAAAAUCCGAGAAAAAAAUUAUGUCUCCUAAGGUUGAGAAAAACCUUUUCACGAAUAAACCUACUCAAAGCCAGCUAAAGAUAAAAGCAAGUCCAGAAAUUAAUUCUGAAAGGGAUCGAAAAGGAGGCUUGAAUAAAAAUAAGGAUGGCUUAUCCAAAUCGAAGGUCUCUCAGAGCGGGCUAAGCAAUAUGGGCGUAUCAACAAAAUCUGAGAAGGAAAUUACGUCUCCUAAGGUUGAGAAAAGCCUUUUCACGAAUAAACCAACUCAAAGCCAGUUGGAGACGAAAGUAAAUCCAGAAAUUAAAUCUGAAAGGGAUCCAAAAGGGAGCCUGAAUAAAGAUAAGGAUGACUUAUCCAAAUCGAAGGUCUGUCAUAGGGGGCUAAGCAAUAUGGGCGUAUCAACAAAAUCUGAGAAGGAAAUUAUGUCUCCUAAGGUUGAGAAAAACCUUUUCACGAAUAAACCUACUCAAAGCCAGUUGGAGACGAAAGUAAAUCCAGAAAUUAAAUCAGAAAGGGAUCUAAAAGAGAGCCUGAAUAAAGUUAAUGAUGACUUAUCCAAGUCGAACGUCUUUCAGAGCGGGCUUAGCAACACGAACUUGUCAGUCAAAUCUGAGAGAGGGACUACAUCUUCUAAAGUUAAGAAAAACAUUUUUGUGAGCAAACCUACUCAAAGCCAGAUUGAGACGAAAUUGAAAACGGCGAUCGGUAAAAUCAAAUCUGAAAUGGACACAAAUGAUUCCAAGGGAGCAUCAUGCGACAAGACCAAAGCCACAAAUUCGAAGACACAGCAAAAUAAAGUUGGUUCCACCUCCAACAUUGAGAAAUGGUUAUCAAGAGCUAGAGAAUUAAAGGCUCACCAGCAACAACAAUUUUCGAAGAAAAAAAGUCCAGUAGAUAUAAUUAGAAAAGCCUUCAACGCAAAAUAUCCUCCUAUUUCACCAGCCAAAGGUACUAAGAGCACUGACACAAAAGGCUCUAAGAGCAAUACACCACCACCCGUCAAGGAUUCACUUGAGUCGCUUGAUCCGAUGAUAUCGUCUCCCACUUUGGGGAAUAAAAUCUGUGAUAAUACUGUCAAGCCUGGAGAAAUUCAUUUAGUCGCAUCGGGCAAUAUAGUUAUAAAUACGGCCCAGACUCAAUUAAACCCUCUUCUUACUCCAGAUAGUAUCAACGCAGAUUUAAAUAAAAAAGACUCUAGCUUAAAUAAGCCAGGUACAAAUGAUAGAAAGCCAAAAACUUCGCAAGUUGUAAAGCCAAAAUUCGGAUUCACAGUGCCGCUGAAUUUGGAAGCUGCUGAUGAAAUCCCAAAUAACAAAAACAACCCCGUUGAAUCACUUCUUCAAAACGAGCUCAAGAACCCGCUGAUAUCAAAGGAAAACAAUUUCAAAGAAAAUCAAAUUACAAUAGCCGAAAUCAUCAAAAAACUUAGUCAAACAUCUAAAAGAAAAGCAGAUAGUAUUCGAAGUUUAAAUGAAAGUAGGAAGUCAAGAGAACAGCUCGAGCCCGUCAAAGGAAAUCCCACUAAAACGUCUCCGACGGGAACAACAAACGACAAGUUCUCCAAAAAGCCAUAAAAUAGCAAGUGAAUCUACUGAUCUUGACCAAAGUGAUUUCUCUACACCGUCCCAGUCGUUUGGCAAUUCUGCUGAGGGAGAAACUGUAGCGUCUUAUGGAAAAACACUGUGUUUUGCUUCUGAAGAGUGCCAGAUUUCUAAGAUCACAGCGAGUGCAGAUAUAGCCGAUGUAGGAAACUGUGUAAGCGUCAAUGAUAUUUUAGACGAGAGUAAGACUUUCGAAUUUAAAAAUAUACCAAUUAAGACAAAUAGAUUGUCAGAUUAUCAUCUAGCGCCUGGCCAGCUACACAAUUCUGAGUCAGAAGACGGAGAUCGCACUGCACAUAUGUUAAGUGUUCAGGAGUCAAGAGAAUUGAGCAGUUUAAGUCUCGAGGGCAAUGCAGACCUCGAUCGCUGGGGAAAACAUGAAGCAUUGAUGAAUGUCCCACCGAGAACAAAAGAUGAUACUGCAGAAAAGAUGGCUGAGCUGAAAGACGAGGAAACUCAAAGUCAACCAGAGAAAUGUUCAAUGUUAUAUUCAAAAGCGAAAGACGAAGCAAGACGAAGAGUGACGGUCUUACAAUAUCUAUGCCAGCUGUUCAAAGGUAAACGAAAUGGCAACAACGAUUCUGGUCUUAGAAAUAUCACAACUUCGGCGGUUCACAGUCGCAACAAAGAUGUGGACGAUUAUCGUGCAAGCAACCAGAUAUACAAGAAAUUCUUAUCCAAGCCUAAAAAAACAUUUAAAAAUGAUACUUUCGUUUCGCCAAAUGUGAGGAAGCAUGGUAUGGGCUCUCAGAUCUUGCGUGGGCAGCGAAAAAAAGUUGAAAAGCCAUCCACUAAUAAAGGGAACGAUUCAAAUCGUACCAAAAAGGCCACCGUACAUAUUAGUUCAGAUACUAAUCGGAAGCUGCCCACAAAACCAAGCCCCGAACAAGUUAUAAAGAGCCAUGAAAAAAUAGAAUUACCAAAGAACUUGGAUAAUUUAGCUGAUACUGCAAACAUUCCUGACGACUCUCCAAUAAAAUCAGAAGAGGAAAGUCCGACAG